UCCGGCGUCGGCAGUCACGGGUCGCCGCAGGAGACGCGCCCCUCGGGUCAGUGAGAGCGGCUCAGACCGCCCGCUGCUGCCGGCCACUGCAGGGGAGAGGAGAGAUCUGACGGACUGCUGCAGGCGACCGGAGACUGCUGCUCGCCACCUGUCUCUGCAGUGUCCAGGGCAACUGCUGUAGCGACCCGUCUCGGCCUGCGCCUGUGACCGCACGGCAGCCCCACCAGCCGCCAUGUCUACUGUCGGGUGCUACCUGCGCGUGGAAGAGCUGGCUCAGCCCGAUGGACUUUACCAGCUGGGCGACAGAAUCGCCGAGGGGACCUACGGAGAGAUCUUCGCGGCCACCGAGAACAGCUCAGGUACCAAGGUGGCCAUCAAGAUAGUGGACAACACGGAGGAGACUUUCCCUGACAUUGAGGAGGAGUACCGAAUUUUGAAGGACCUCUCGGUUCACCAGAACAUUCCCAAACUGCACGGCAUUUUCAAAAAGACCUCGAGCAGCGGCGUCGAACAGAUAUGGAUGGUCAUGGAGUACUGCUCGGGCGGGUCGGUAACGGACCUGGUGAAGCGUCUGAAGGAGAGCGGACACGUCAUGAAGGAGGACCACAUCGCCUUCAUUCUCCACCACACCGUCCAGGCCGCCUGCCACCUGCACCGGAACCACGUGAUACACCGCGACAUCAAGGGGCAGAACAUCCUGAUGGCCCAGAACGGCGAGAUCAAGCUCGUCGACUUCGGCAUAUCGCGUCACCUGCCGUCCACGAUGGCUCGUCGGGGCACCUCGAUUGGCACACCCUACUGGAUGGCUCCGGAGGUGAUCUUGUGUGACCAGCAGCACGGCGCCGAGUACGACAUCCGCGCUGACGUCUGGUCGCUCGGGAUCACUGCCAUCGAGUUGGGUGACGGCGUGCCGCCGCUGGCCAGUGUGCACCCCGUGCGGGCCAUGUUCCAGAUCACCCGUAACCCACCGCCUACACUGGCAAAGCCCACCGAAUGGAGCCAGGCCUACCUGGACUUCAUCGCGGAGUGUCUGGAGAAGAACGACGAGAGUCGUCCUCUGAUGGAGGAGGUGGCCACCCACCCGUUCCUGACCAGGCUCGAGCCGCGACUGGCCGCUAUCAGGGACGAGCUGGCCCAGCUACUGGCCGACAGCGGGCCGGCAGAGACCGUCCAGCCGGCCCAGGUCACCUCCAAGGCUGGAUACCUGAGGACGCGGCCGCACUCCAAGUCACUGGAGAUCCUGCAGGACGACCUCGCGGCCCUGGAGGACGUCACCGACGACACUAUCCUAAACCUGCUGGAGAAGCGGUUCCACCGCGACAUGAUCUACACGUUCGUGGCCGACGUGCUGAUCGCCGUCAACCCGUACUGCGUGAAGCCGCUCUAUGAUGCCAAGACACACGCGGCCUACUGUUCUCGUGCGCGCUCCGAUAACGCGCCGCACGUGUACGCCGUGGCGGACCGGGCGCACCAGGACAUGGCGCACCAUCAGCGUGCCCAGACCAUCGUCUUCACCGGCGAGACUGGCUCCGGGAAGACGUUCAACGCACGCAUGGCGCUGGCGCACCUCUGCCACCUGGGAAAGAGUAAGUCCCUGGCGGAGAAGGUCCUGGGCGCCGGGUUCGUCCUGGAGCUGUUGGGUAGCGCGGCGACCAGCCAGAACGCGGCCUCCACGCGACAGGUGCGCUACUUCGAGACCACCUUCACGAAGACGGGCCGGCUGAGCGGCGUGAUCGUGUGGAACUACAUGCUGGAGCGCUGGAGGGUCACCGACACCCGCCCGAAUGACGGUACAUUCAACGCGCUAUACGCCUACUACUACGGGCUGCAGCAGAGCGGAAAGCUGGGAAUUUACAAGCUGCAAAAGAAAGAUGACUACCGGUUCCUGCCGAAGCACAAGUUCCUCGACCCGGUGGACAGCGCCGAGAAGUUCAAGGAGGCAGAGCGGACCAUGGACAUGCUGGAGAUCUCCGGCGACAAGCAGGAGACGGUGCGGAAGGCGAUGGCGGCCAUCAUCCUUCUGGGCGAGGUCGACUUCGAGGACGACGGCGAGGGCGUCACGAUCGUCAACAAGGAUGUCCUGAAUACAGUGUCGUACCUGCUGUCUGUGGACGAGGCCAAGCUGGUCUGGUCGCUGGAGCACCGCUGUCGGAUCGUCGCCGGAGAGGCCGUCAAGGAGGCCAAGACAGUAGAGCAGGCGCGCGCCUCGCGGGACGCGCUGGCCCGCCUGCUGUAUGGCCGGCUGGUGGAUAGCGUAGUCAACUGGGUCAACGCCUCCUUCACCCUCACCAGGCUGCUGUUCGGCGAGACCAACACGGUCGGCCUGCUGGACAUGUACGGGUUCGAGAGCCGCAGCACCAACUACCUGGAACAGCUGGUCGUCAACGCCUUCAACGAGCAAGUGCAGUCGUUCUACAACCAGUCCGUCUUCCAGUGGGAAAUGGACGACUUCCGUGGUGACGACCUGGAGGUGUCUCCCUACACGUACAUGGAUAACAGUGCCACCAUCGACAUGCUGAUGAAGAAGGGGGAGGGCCUGCUGGCGCUGCUGGACGAGAGCACCCUGUCGGAGAAGGCCUCCGACCAGCACUUCGUCGAGAACUGCAAGGAGACCAUAGAAAGCCGCCAUUUCUUCCCCGAAAAGGAUGGAUUCGCCAUCGCUCACUACGCUGGAAAGGUGUCCUACUCCAAUAAGGACAUCGUCGCCAAAAACAAGGACUACCUGGACCCGGAGGUGUUUGACACGCUACGUCAGUCAGAGAACCCGUUCAUCGCGCCCAUGUUCCUGCUGCCGCUCACCAAGACGGGUAACCUGACCAUGGACCGGGAGCAGGCGCAGCGCGAGGCGGGCGGCAAGGCGCGCCCCGUCAAACUCAACGACGACGUCGGAAACAAGCGGUUCGACACGCGCUCGCGGGGCCGGCUGUCGCAGACCAGCCUGGUGCUGCUGACGCAGGCCUCGUGCUACCGCUACAGCGCCAUGGAGGUGAUGCACAAACUCAUCAACAGCACGGCCCACUUUGUGCGCUGCGUGCGCUCCAACAGCGAGGGCGCCGCAGACACCUGGGAUACCGGUCUGGUCGCACAUCAGCUGAAGUGCAUGCAGAUUGCCAACACCAUCGCCAUCAGGAAGGACGGCUACUCCCAGAGGAUCGACUUUGCCGAGUUCUUACGAAGGUAUCAGUUCCUGGCGUUUGACUUUGACGAGACCGUUGAGGUGACGCGCGAGAACUGUCGACUGCUGAUGGUACGUCUCAAGCUGGACGGCUACCGUAUGGGACGGCAGAAGAUCUUCCUCAAGUACUUCAACGAGGAGUACAUGAGCAGGCUGUACGAGCACGAGGUGAAGAAGAUCGCCAAGGUGCAGGCGAUGAUCCGCGCGUUCCUGGUGCGCCGGCGGCGCCGGGCCGGUCAGCCUCUGGACGUGACGCGCCUUCUGGCCAAUGGCGACAGGAAGUUCCAGCGCCGGCCGUCGGGCGGCGCCACUGGCGACCGCUACCGCAGGAGGUCCUCGGCGGCGCCCCAUCUGCAACGACUCAAUGAGGCUGGGGAACCACGCACGCUGGCGGCGGGGACGAUCCAGCGGUACUUCCGUCGCUGGCGCGGACGGACUUUAUUCCAGCAGCUGCAGCGGUAUCGGGCCGCCAAGCACCACGACCUCGUCGUCUUCUCCCACCAGGUGCACAUAUACGGCCAGGAGUGUUUCCAGUACCUGAACCGUAACCGAGAGGCGGUGCCCCUGGCCUCCGUGGCCGCCGUGGACCGUGAGACCGCCAAAACGACCACCGCCGCCAGGAUGAAGAUGAUGGGCGCCGUGAGGAAGAUGCCGCUCAGUCGUAGUCUGGACGACUUCACGGACACAGCCCAUAUGUGCAGCCCGCACCAGCCGACGCCGGACAGAGGCCGCAGCCGGACGCCGGAGCCAGAGUCCUCGCCCCAGCCGUGUCCCAACUGUCGAGCCGGCAUGGCGGGCGGGGCCGGUAGAGCUCCCUCGCCCUCCCCUUCCACCGGCCGGCUGGCGGGCGCAACGGGCAGAGGUCCCUCGCCCUCCCCGUCCGCUGGCCACGGGGCCGGAAGAGCUCCCUCGCCCUCCCCUUCCGCUGGCCGAGCGGCUGGUCCGGGUCUCCGCCAGGACCUGGGGGCUCACCCUGGUGCCGUGUCGCCCCAGUUUGAGUUCGAGAUGCCCUCCUGCUCGACAGCCACCGUCUCGGAAACUAGAGCCGUGUUCGACAGGCGACCGGGGAGUCCCCGCUCGGGGACACCGGCCCGCUCCGCCCCGUGCACGCCCUCAGAACCGCCGCCUGCACCGAGCUACGCAGCGCCCGGCCCGGCCCCCGCGCAACCACCGCCACCGGUACCCACAUACAACCGGUUCGCAGGCAGCAGCCGCAGCAGCAGCGCGGCGCAGCGGCCCGCCUCGGUGGCGGCCCCGCCGGCAGCCGGCAACACCGGGUGGGGAAAACGUUUGGCGACCACAUCAUCGGCACCGGCUCCAUUCAUGCAGGAAAUGCAGGACAGGGGAGCCAGACAGGCAGACGAGGACGCGCCACCCUUCAACUUCCAGAGCAUGCUGCGGAAGACAAAUGUGAGGCGCAACUCCCUGCAGCGCGGCGGAUCAAGCGACAGCGCCGGCCAGCAGGGCGGAGCGCUGCCAUCGAACGUCACCAUAGCGUCUUACGGAGACGGACAGGGUGCCAAGGAGCGGAACCGCAGUGCCACCGGGUCGCACCACCCGCCGGCCGCCGCGGCAGCAGAGCCUAGGCCCAGCCAACAGGACGCUGAGGGCGCGGCCAGUGCCGCCACAGCAGAGCCUGGGCCAAGCCGACAGGACAGUGAAGGCGCCGCCGCAGCAGAGCCUGGGCCCAGCCAGCAGGACACUGAAGGCGCCGUGGCCAGUGCCGCCGAGCAGCCGUCGGAGCCCGCCGAGAACGGCGCGGUCGGGUACGCCAGCCAGCCAUGGCCGAGGAUCAUCUUCGAGGGGGAGGCGGUGGACCUCUGAGCGGAGGGCGAGGGGCGAGAUCGACCGACUGCGGACAGCGGGGCUACGGAGCGACAGGCUCGGUACAGCAGAGUGGGGGGACUGAGUGCAGCGAAUACACGGGCGUGGUUCACGUGCGAACUGAGAGAAACGGUUAAGUGACAGCAAAGUGGCAUUCUGAGCGCUGUUUACUGGAUGUGCGACCGAGCCUGUGGAUACCAUCUUUAACCCAAAGACUGUGGACGCUGGCGGUCGUAAUAUAGGAAUGCGCGGAGUUUUCAGGAAAUGAGUGAAGCACAUACUGCCAGUACGUUAUGUUAGCCAGAAUACUUGUGUUACUCUGAAUGAAUGUAACUACGAGUGAUUGUGAAAGGAUGCUUUGUUGCCCUAGAUUCAGUACUUCAUUUGAAAGCAAUGUCUCAUUUAGAUAAAGUUCAUUUCUUUUAAUAGAUAUCUAAAAUAAUGACCUGUGCAUUGUGCAACGCCUGCCAUGCAAAAAGUUAUGUUUGUUUUGUGGGCCUAGUAUUUUGUUUCUAUGGUUGUCAAGAUAUUAAAUGUUAAUAAAACAUAUUUCAAAUACUGAUGUGGUCCAAUAGGUAGGACCUAUUUUUGAGUGAUCAGUGCAAGUGUUCAUGGUAUGGAACACAAUAAAUAUUCAAAUGUUAUCAAGGAACCCGAGAAUGUACCUAAAAUCAGCUAACAUCAACUUCGUAAA